AUGGCCGACGACGGAGGGGCAAGCUUCCCGGAGAUGAUGGCCGACGACGGUGGGCACUUCACGCUUCACGGAGACAGAGGUCAAGGGCCGAGCUUGAAGAAGCCUUGGUUUUUGGAACGAUGGCGACGAGGGAGAUGGAAUAUUGAAAGCGAGAAUCAGGUGGGCAAGAAAAUGGCGACUGAUAAAGGUGCCGUGAUCGAGCACAGAUCCUACGCCAGGGUCGGGCUACUGGGCAACCCUAGCGAUGUGUACAAUGGGCGCACGAUAUCAUUCAGCCUGGGCAAUUUCUGGGCUUAUGUUAGAUUAGAGCCUUCUGAAAAUCUCUCGAUCCUUCCUCACCCUGCUCACGAUCUAGUCCAAUUCAGUUCUCUUCCUCAUUUAGUUGAUCGGUUGCAAACUGAUGGUUACUAUGGAGGGGUACGUCUGCUCAUGGCUAUUUGCAAAAUUUUCCACAAUUAUUGCAAAGAAAAUGGCAUCGGUUUACAUGAGGGGAACUUUACACUGUCUUACGAUACUAACAUUCCCCGCCAGACAGGGCUUUCUGGUUCAAGUGCCAUUGUCUGUGCUGCUCUUAGCUGCCUUCUUGAUUUCUACCAUGUCAGGCACCUGAUAAAAGUCGAAGUUCGUCCAAACCUUAUACUCAAUGCAGAGAAGGAACUAGGAAUUGUUGCUGGUCUUCAAGAUAGAGUAGCUCAAGUUUAUGGAGGCCUUGUCUAUAUGGAUUUUAACAAAAAACACAUGGAAGAAUUUGGGCAUGGUGAAUAUAUACCUAUGGACGUGGAUCUUCUGCCACCACUCUACCUUAUCUAUGCUGAAAACCCAAGUGAUUCUGGCAAGGUCCAUAGUACGGUUAGACAACGAUGGUUAAAUGGUGACAAAUUCAUUAUAUCAUCAAUGGAGGAAGUCGCGAGCAUUGCAUUGGAAGGAAGAGCAGCAUUGCUCGAAAAGGAUUAUACAAAAUUUGCAAGUCUCAUGAACCGUAACUUUGACUUGCGGAGGUAA